UAGUACUUAGUUUCGGAACUUGGUCAGUCAAAAUACGUGUACGUGUGCUUUGGGGGGAAAAGGCAGAAGGUAGAUCAAUGGAUGACUCAGUCCAAGAGGAGUAUGCUCGUUCCAAUCGCCAGCGCCAAUUGGCCAAACGGCGACUUCUUUUCUGGGCAGGACGUCUGCAGAUGAUGCCUCACGAGGUGGAAGGGAUGUCAGACGAGGAGCUCAACCUUAGGCUGGAAAACAUAAAGAGCAAGGAAGCAGCGUUUGAGCAGCGAAAGAUUGACUUUCAGCGCUGGGAAGACCUCAACCAGUUAAGAUACCUCAUGUACGAGGAGCAGAGAAAGUACAACAAGCGCUAUGGACCCGGUGGCGCCUCCAUCUGGCGCAUCCUGGCAAUGGCCCAGCACGAUCUGGAGGAGAAGCUCCAAAUAGAUCACCUGCGAGGGAGUUGCCAGCGCUUUCCCUCACCCAUGUCCUUAAUGGAGGAGCAACGACAUGGUGGCGGGAGGCAGAGAUUGCUGGAACCAGUGAGAUCUAACCUAUGUGGCUAUAAUUCUGAUGAUUUGGAACUGAAAGAAGACUCUUGUCUCUGUACGCCCAACCCAGAAAGAUAUAAACAAAGCCACAAGGAACCCCUUAAAAAUCGCGUAUUACCCCUUUUCAGCGAAUAUUGCAAUUCUCAUGCGAGUGAAGACUCCUUUAAAUGUAAUGGGGAACCAUCAAACCUGGGCUUUUGUCCUCUGUGCAACAAGAGACACCUGCGCUUGCCACCUCCUUUCUGAUCGGGGAAAUAAAUCAAAAGACUAGGCCUGUAAUAAACCCAGUCCUGACCA